AUGGAUAACAUAAUCGAAAUUCAGUUUGACUACCUUUAUUAUUCUAAGCGAAGGGUUACCCCGUUAUUUAUUAGUACGGAUGAGUUAUUGUCUUACAGUUACGAUGGAUUUUGCUCUCGAAUGUUACAAGAAGUUCCUCAUAUUGCGAAGAUGCUGCUGCCAGCCGAAUCGUUGCGAAUGAUUUUGGCGGAAGAUAAUCGACCAGAAAUUGACUUGUCUCACAAGUACUUUCAGUCCCAGAUAGCACGACUGGUAAAUAAAGGACUAAAAACAAUCGUCAUUCGUAUUGCCGAAAAUGAGUCACCGCUACCUGCACAGCCAACACAGUCAUCGAACAGUACGUGUAAAAGCCAACAUUUGACAGGACAAUCUCGAAGCAGACGUUGUCUAUAUGUAUCUCAAAACGUCGCACAAAACAACGUUGAUAAACAAGGAAACCUAAAUAUUUUGUCUGUGAAUGACAACAGCUAUAAUCUUGGUUGUAGUACCACUAUAAAUUCAAGUCCUGAACCACCAGUUUUACCUUUAGAACGACACGUGAAAAGAUACGAGGAAAUUAUUCAAAACAUUGACAAAGAAUUAACGGUGAAAAAAAUUGAACUCAAAGACCUUGAUAACAAGCUUGAAAGGGCAAACAUGCAAAACACUGGGCAUCUUUCAACAUGUGGAAAUUGCCAUUUAAAAUUAGGACACACCAGAAAAUCAUGCCAUUUCAGUCCAUGCAAAUCUGCAUUUUCGUGCGGGAUACUUUCAAAGCACGCGAAUCAAAAAUCUAAUCGAGCAAACAUUAACAAAGACGUAGAAAAACUAGAAAGCCAGUUACGAAAAGCAAAACAUGAUCUAGAAAGUGCGAAAUCGGCCGGGGAAAGAACAAAUAACUCUGCAGAUAAAAGAAUCGAGGACAUCAUUCUAAAUGAACAGCCUCACAGAUAUAGUACAUCUUGUGGGCGCAGAAAUUGGCUAAUUUUGAACAAGGAUGUUGCCCUUUUGCAAAGCAAAUUAAAGGGUACUCUCCCAACUCGGAAAAACGUUCUGAGUCUUUUACAUUCGGUUGUAAACAAAGAAUCACAAAUGACACACACGGCUACAUCCUCGGCUACAUCAACUCAAACACGGCGAGAUACUGAUCACAGGAUGGCCCCCCAAAAGAGAGUUCUUGAAGAACAAUUUUCUAUCCAAUUUCCAACAAAGAGACAAAACAGUGCCGCAAGCAGUAACCCUAUAUUUGUACAUGGUCAAGAAAAAGACGAUUUUCGCUUAGCCUUGCAACUACAGCAGGCGGAAAUGGAAUCAACUACCGAAAACGAAAGUUCGAGCACAGCAGUCGAAGUCUUUCAACAUGAUAUUGAUGAAACUCAGGGUGCAACAUCUGACGAAGAAUACCUACAGAUGGAAGCAGAAGCGGCGGCAGCGUUAUUACACCUGCAGAAACGAAAGAGCAAAGAGUAA